GGACUCUCCAGCAACUGACGCUCCAUGGUCCGUCGUAGCCGUGCAAAGAGUCGUAAAGUUGCUGCAACGUGGACUGGGUUCGAGACUCCUGCGUUCCUUCGUAAGAAUCCUACCAAACAGUGGUAAAGCUGUGGUUGGUCUCAAACUUUCUGCGCCUAAAAUCGAGAAAACGGUUCUAAGAGGCCCUUCUGCGGACGACGCAGGAGCAGUCGAGCUCUGGAAACAGCUGUGGCGCUCGAAAUUGGAGGUACGACGGUUUAAAGACGGGAAGAUUCAACAAUGCACGGUGUUUCCUGCUCCAACGAUGGGGUUGAAAAUGGACACGACUAAUUCCGAGACGAUUCUACCACUCUCCGCACAGAUCAUCGAGCAUUUACUCUCUGCUCAUUUUCCUAAUGACGCUCGCCGCCUCGAGUUAGGACCUGCGCGCCUUUCUUUGCUAAACCAGUUGGGCGGCGCAAGUCAAGGGGCUAGUAUGUCUGGGAUUCUAUCUACUGGAACUCAGGAUGGCAACAACUCCUCUAAGAGUAGUACUACAGCUGCAGGAACUAGCUGUGGUAUCUGGUCCGCAUUCGAAGAGAUGCGCGAUAUGUUGAUGGACAUGAAUAACGACCUCCCUUUGGCCAUUUCCCGUGUUGCACCAGCAGGCGCUGGGUUCUCCUACGAUGAUGAGGAGGAUGUUGUCAACGAGGACUGCAGCUCUUCGAUAAAAACAUCUUCAAACGAGUCAGAUAAAAGCAGAACUUCUACAACGUCAUCCUCCAACUCAUCUAAGGCUCUGGUCAGCUACAUGAAUGCGACGCGGAGAGUUGAAGACGUCGUGGUCGAAUUCGAGUGGAGCUCACUUUGGCCACGAGAUUCAGAGCAGGCCAUUAAGGUUUUUCAAGGCGCUUUUCUGUUGGAAAUGAAGACGCAACUAGCUGAGCGGUGUGACAUUCCUGCUUUUGUCGGAGAAGAAGGUCCGUUGUGGACAGCGUCAUCCUCGACGGGUGCAGAGGCAAGCUCGUUAGAAGUAGACGUCAGUACAGCAUCUUGUUCACCUUGGGUCACUGCUAUGACGAAUAUCGAAGCACGACAGCUUCCGACUUCGACCGUGCCUGCACCACAACCAUUUUUGGAUGUCGUGUUUCCGAAGCACGUGUUUAGAUUGCGAGUUUUCUAUCCCUACCUGCCGUCGGUGGUGCAAAACGCACGCUUUGUGACUUUUGGGGCUAUGGUGAAGAGCAAGGACGUCCAGGAAUUAUUGAAAGCGGCAGAAACUGGGGAGAAAAAAACUUCUGCUACUACUGGUAUUAACGGAGACAACAAGGAACAAGAUAACAUGUUGACUACCUCUAGUAAUGUCUCAGUAUCAGCUGCAGACCUGCUAAAGGAGCAGAAUGAAGCGACCCCGACAAAGGAUGAGGAGGAAGAUCAAUUCAUGACCCAAAAUUCAUCUCUGAUCUCGAGUUUCGGCACCACAGCUUCUAACGACGCUCUCACGGAAUUGAGGGAGCAUUGGUGGCGACCCCGUGUCCGACAAGCUUUCCACACGCUUGCCCUCGAGCAGCCAACGUUCUGUCUCACUUGGUCUUUGGUGAAGAAGUGGUUGGCUUCAAAAUGGUUGCUACAUGGACACGAAGACUUCUUCGAACAUUUGGUUGCGUCAUUGUUUGCUCGUGUGAGCUCUGUGAGCUUCUGUGGGCUUCCGACAUCAGCAAACGUUGGUUUCGCUAGAUUCCUAACCCUCUGUGCAGCCCAUGGCACGACUGGAGGAGGCUUGAGCGGAGAAGCACCAAUUGUCUUGGAGGACUUUGGGUUUGCUCCACCGGAGAUGGAAGGUACUAACUUACUACUGCUUCUUGUUUUUCGUCAUAGAUGCAACAACCUGUGAUCUAUGAAAGAACGUUUUUGUUUUGAGAAGAUCAAAGAUGCGUAUCAAACAUGAUGAGCCUGUUUUUGAACGCUUGGCAACCGAAGCCUCGUGUGGACCCAACAGAAGAAUCGAUAGGACUGACCAACAGAAGAAUCUGAAUGGAACAAGAUACGUAAUCACGACCAUCUUCACUACAAAAUCCGUCUAUUGAUACUGUGAAGAAACAAACUCAGGUGCUGAAACUGGUCUUGCUCAUGGUUUUUCGACCGAAGGGACUGAGCAAACGCAACUUUCGGAAGAGCAGUUGCACCUAUUGCAAAGCAGUUACGAACGGCGCAGAGGAAGCACGCGCGAAGCUGUAGUAGCAGUGUGCACGCGAUUCGACCCUCACGGUGUUUUUGUGCGGACACCGAAGGAGUCGCAUUUGAUCCAGUUGAAAGAGCAUAGUCGAAAAGCUUUGGCGGCACUGCACGAACAAAAUUGGGGAAGAUGGACCACUGGUUGUAGUGAAGAGACAAGCUCAAGAACCUCAUCAACCUCGUCUAAGAAAGCAACGGCGGUGACCACGCUGUUCCAAGAACAGGCAGAAGAAUUCGAUCUGCAGGUUAAGCUAAGCGCGAUUCCUUCUCUCUCUACGAAUGGCAAAAGCAAAAAGCCAAAUUCCGCCAUCAAGCAACACCAGCACUCGCACUUCUCGGAUCUUGGCACUACCGCUUUGAAUUCAGUCGCAGACGCGUUUUGGCGCAAGCUCAGCGCAAAGUACGGCGAAUGGGCUGUGCUUUUUAGAAGAGGCAACGACGUAGCGUUGAAGUGGCGACCAGAGGCGUUCGAUAUGGAAAAGUCAGGAGUAAAGCAACUCAUGCAUCGAGGAUGCUCUUACAGAGCAGCUGCAGCUUCCACAGGGGAUAAAGAAGAUACACGACCUUCUUCAGUCCUCCCGCAAACCGAAGCAAUGUUGCAGGACAUCAGUUAUUGGCUCACUGGGGUUAGUUACCAAAUUAUCGCAUCAUAAGAACUUUCGUCUCAGACAGGAAAAGAUGAAAUACCCCACCGCGCCCUUGCAAUUCGUACUAACUUCUACUUGCGCCAGAAUGUAGUUGCACCACAUUCUCU